UGGAAUCACCAAAAGGAAUCUAAACAAUUAUGAGGUGGAAUACUUGUGUGACUACAAGGUAGUAAAGGACAUGGAAUAUUAUCUUGUAAAAUGGAAAGGAUGGCCAGAUUCUACAAAUACUUGGGAACCUUUGCAAAAUCUCAAGUGCCCAUUACUACUUCAGCAAUUCUCUAAUGACAAGCAUAAUUUUUUAUCUCAGGUAAAGAAAAGCAAAGCAAUAACUCUUAAAGACAAUAAUAAAGCUUUGAAACCUGCCAUUGCUGAAUACAUUGUAAAGAAGGCUAAACAAAGGAUAGCUCUGCAAAGAUGGCAAGAUGAACUCAACAGAAGAAAGAAUUAUAAAGGAAUGAUAUUCGUUGAAAAUACUGUUGACUUAGAGGGCCCGCCUUUGGACUUUUACUACAUUAACGAAUACAAACCAGCUCCUGGAAUCAGUUUAGUAAAUGAAGUUACCUUUGGCUGUUCAUGCACAGAUUGCUUCUUUGAGAAGUGUUGUCCUGCGGAAGCUGGAGUUCUUUUGGCUUAUAAUAAAAACCAGCAAAUCAGAAUCCCACCUGGCACCCCCAUCUAUGAAUGCAACUCAAGGUGUCAAUGUGGACCUGAUUGUCCCAAUAGGGUUGUACAAAAAGGCACACAAUAUUCUCUUUGCAUCUUUCGAACUAGCAAUGGCUGUGGCUGGGGUGUAAAAACACUUGUGAAGAUUAAAAGAAUGAGUUUUGUCAUGGAAUAUGUUGGAGAGGUAAUCACAAGUGAAGAAGCUGAAAGACGGGGCCAGUUAUAUGACAACAAAGGAAUCACGUAUCUCUUUGAUCUAGACUAUGAAUCUGAUGAGUUCACAGUGGAUGCGGCUCGAUAUGGAAAUAUAUCUCAUUUUGUGAAUCACAGUUGUGACCCAAAUCUUCAAGUGUUCAAUGUUUUCAUUGAUAACCUCGAUACUCGUUUUCCUCGAAUUGCAUUAUUUUCCACAAGAACCAUAAAUGCUGGAGAAGAGCUGACUUUUGAUUAUCAAAUGAAAGGUUCCGGAGAUAUAUCUUCAGAUUCUGUGGACCAUAGCCCAGCCAAAAAGAGGAUCAGAACUGUGUGCAAAUGUGGAGCUGUGACUUGCCGGGGUUACCUCAACUGAAUAUUCAGAAAAUAGAACUGAUGAUAGUUUUGUUUUUUCUAAAUGUUAACAUUUUAAAGACCAAGUAUUUGGGAAUAUUUUUUCAUAUUAUCACGAUUAUGCCUAUGUUAAUUUAUAACUCAUAUUUCAAAACAUAGCCAAAGGCAUUGCUGAGGCUUCUGAAGAGAGGGACACAGGGCCACAUAGACUAAAGUGUACAUAUUUAGUGGUUGGGUGCCAAGCAUGGAAGGAAAGCUGUUUACAGCUCAAGAUACACAUACUUAAGUCUGUGAAUAGAGAAAUGCCUCCUUCAGUGUAUGAAAAGUAUUAAACUGAUAAUGUAGCAGUUGCUAAAAUCAAAUACUCAGUUUGCCAUAUACCUUGGAAAAAUGGCUAAUUCAAUUUAGACAAAUAUACAAGUUCUACUUUUGUUGUUAAAUUGUCAUUCCUAUUUACCUACUUAAUGCCUACCGUGCUUGUAUUUGAGAUAACUAGGUGGUACCAAAUUUUAUACUCUAUUUUCUACUUUUUUCACUAAAACAUUGGCAUCUGAAUGAUAUAAAAAAGUAAAGGCAUAAAAUUAAAUGUAAAAAAAUGUAUAGCUUGAUUUCCUAUUUUGAAGCAAUCUUUGCCUUUAUGGAGGGUUAUGUGUCUGAUCCAGUAGUGCUUAAAGAUUUUUUUACCCUGUAGAUGAAAAAUCUCCAGAAAGCCUUCUCUAAAAGUCCCGAAUACCUAGCCAUUAUGCCUUUUCGAAAGGAUGAAGCAGUGGGACCAGGUGGGUGUUGUGGAGCGCUAGUUAGAGGAAUGGAGCAUUUUGAGGACACCUCUUAAAACGUGAAUUAGGAUAUCCAUGUUGAGUAUUGAGUACGCCUGGUCUAAACAGUAAAACAAGAUACCCAUGGGAACAGCCAUACCUAGCGAUAGUGUUUCACGAAAUACGUUAACAUUACGUCUCCUGUAUUUCAGGCAGUUUUAAUAUUUCCUUUCCACAAAAUUUAAUUUUUUUAUUUCCUACAGACUCUUCUUGAAAAGUAAUCUAUAUUUUGAACUGGUAACUUGUUUUAUACAUGAAUUUUUUAGAUGUAACAGAGCUAACGUGAGUUGGCCAAAAGUAGCUUUUUGUGGGCCUGAAUUAUGAGACCAUUUAUUAGUUGAACUAUAAAAAUUGAAAUGCAAUAUAUUAGGUUUUUAUUUUAUUUUUUCUGCCUCAUAAAGCCUCAAUCAGGAAGAAUUAUGUUUUCAUCUCUUUCUGACUCUGGGAUUCCUAAUUGUGGUAUCCAGUAAGAAGAUAAAUGCAACAAGUAAAUUUAGCUUUCAGUAUUGCUAAUUAAGUUUUACCUAAGCUCAUUCCCCUAAGCUUUAGUGGCUUAAAUAAGCUUGGGUAAAAUUGAACUGACCUCAAGAAUGUAGCACUUCAGAUAUCUUCUCAAUCCUUAAUCCUUUUUUGGGAGAAACCAUACUUUUAUUCAUUAUAUUCCAUCACGAUUUUGUUCUCAUAAUACAGACUGAAUUGACAUAUUUGGUACCUCAGUAUACCCACUAACCAAAAUGUACAGAAUGUCUUAAGGCAAAUGGAUUUUUUAAUGCCAUUAUGUUUUCUUCAUGAAAAAUUAGUGAUGUCGUGUCGGUGCUGAGAAAGGGUCGCAGAUUUACAGGUUGCUGCCAGUUGCCACGCUUCAAAUUAUGAUUCUCACAGAUUGAGAGAUGUAAUCUUAACAUCCUUUUUAAAAAGUCAGUGUUCUACUGUCAAGUUAUUUGAUCGUGUCUAAUUUUUCUGUGUUAAAAAAUGUGAAACUGGAAGGCAAAGGAAAAAAGGCUGUUUGCAGUAAACCUGUAGUUUUGUCUUGUCCUUGUUAAUAGAAAUUUAAUGGGCCUUUGAGAUUCUAAGUACCUUUGUUACCCUUAUGUUAUUAAAGAGCUGAAUUUACACAGUAAAGUAACAAACUAAGCUUUAACUUUUUAAGUCAACAUUUAUCUUCUUUAGUUUCCUGAAGUUGUUAGAAUUUGUUCUCUCAAAUAUAAAGCAAAUAUUCAAGGGUGAUAUUUAGAUCAAGUUUAAAAUGUAAAUUAAUCCGUUGUACAAGUUGUAUCAAUACUGUUUUCAGUAUCUAUAUAAAGGGAUUGUGAAACACAGUUGGUAAUCUCAGGGUUUUUUCCCAUACAUGGCAAAAUAUAGACUGCACUUAUUUUUCUUAUAGCUGAACAGUUUCUCCUUAGCAAAAUAAAUUCAGUUUCGCAUCUGAUGUUCUAUUUAUGUGUUAGAUUUGUUUCUGAAUAUUUUACUGUUGUUUUCUAGUAAGGCUACAAAAAAGGACAGAAAAAUACUGAUGUAUUCCGGACUACCUGCUGAUGAGAUUAACCAAAGGCUUGUAUGCAAGUCCUGUAAAUGUUACUUUCAAGAAAGCUUAUUGUUGUCAUGGUUUGUGCAUUUGAAUAUUAAAGUACAGAAUUUUACAUUUCGUUAGUAUAAUGUGGAUGAAUAUUUCUGAAUUUUUUACAGUGUCAUUAGUCACCAGGUACUUAAAUGUAUAGUUACUAAGUACUGCCUUGCAUAUGCAAAGGAAUUCUAGAAUUCAGAGCUAACAUUCACUGAACAAGCCUUAGGCCCUUUAUAGGUUGGUGCGAUCGUCCCUAUAUUAUACCUAAAGAAACAGACUUAGGCCAGUUAAGUGGCAUUACUAUGCCCAAGAUGAUCCAGCUAGUAGGCAGUGGUGGUUCAGUGGUACAAUUCUCGCCUUCCGUGCAGGAGACCUGGGUUCGAUUCCCAGUGAAUGCACUUCAUGUGCAGCUACCACUUGACCGUCAUUGGAGGUUUGCUGGGUUACUUGACAGAAGCUAAUAACAGGGUGACUAUUUUUAAAAUAUUUAAUCUUCAACUUCAGCCAAGAUUUUUAAAAGUCAAUUUCUACUAUUAAACAUCUUAAGUCCUGCGACUCCUCUCUGAGGCAAAUGUGCUAGUCAUUGGGUUUCUUCACUUUUCCUUUUAUACUUUACAGUUCUUGAAAAAUUGAGUAGCUACUAUAAUUUAUAUCUUGUCCGUUUUUAUGCUUGUAUUGAGAGGCAUUAUUGCAUAGUGGUUAAGAGCAUGGGGAAACCCUGGUGGCGUAGUGGUUAAGUGCUACGGCUGCCAACCAAAGGGUUGGCAGUUUGAAUCCGCCAGGCGGAUCCUUGGAAUCUCCAUGGGGCAGUUCUGCUCUGUCCUAUAGGGUCACUAUGAGUCGGAAUCGACUCGACGGCACCAGGUAAGAGCAUAGAGUAUGGAGCCAAAUUGCCUGUUUGAAUCCUGGUUUUACUCCUUACUAGCUGUGUAUCUCUCUGUGCCUUAAUCUCCUCAUCUAUAAAAUGGGCAUAACAAAUGUAAUUACCUCAAAGGAUUGUUGUGAGGAUGAAGUGAGUUGAUGUACAGUUGAUGUACAAAAGAACAGUCACAAAAAAAGCACAUCUAUUAUUACUCUGUAAUAUGAAACAUUACUUUAAAAUCUCUGGUGAUCAAUACAUGUUUGUUGGUCAAAGUCUAUUCUGGUGUUAGCCCUUAAUUUCAGCCAGCAUUCAUUAUAUGCCUAUUAUCAUAUGCCAGACUCAUAUAAAACAGUGAAAAUGUGGCAGUAUGUAAAAUUAGUAGUGUGAUUAUAAAAUACUAAGAAUAUAUUCAAAAGAAUGAUUACAGGUAUUUUUUGAACAGCAAAGUGAAAAAACACUUUGAAUCAUAAGCUAUACUGAGACUAAAUCUUAAGUGUCAGUAAAUGUAUGCAAAUAGAUAGUUAUAUUUGAUUAAAUGAUUUAUGAUAAUGAAGUAUAACUAAUUUGUAGAGCCAUAAAUAAAAAAUGAAAAGUCUCUGGGACUCUGUAAUGGCUAGAUACUAAACCAGUUACCUCCAAUCCCUACUUGUUGCAGUGAUUUUUUUAUUCACUUUGAAUUUAUGUAAUAACUCUAAGGGGAAAUGGGUAAAAUGGAGUGGAAAUAACUAUAGUCCUGCCCCAAUCAUACUGAGUCUGUAUUGCCACAUAUUAAAAAAAGAAAGUAUUUCAUUACACAGUAAGCUCACAUCAGCAGCUGCCUAGAAAAGAGGAGUCAGCGUUCCUUUAAUGAUGAGGUUAGGACAGUGAGGAGAAAAAAAAAACCCUCCUUGUAUUUUUUCUUAAAUUCCUUUGCCCCCAGGUUCCUUAUUUUCGCACCAGUCUCUGCUGUUGUAUGUGUUAAUAAAACUACUGAGUAAUUUAUUCCUCUAAGAUCGGUCAGAAAUGAGAUGAACCAGGCUCCUCGACCUCCCCCAUGCCGUAUUAAACACGUCAGUUACUCCCCCUCAUUCUUCCUCUAGUGUAAGUCAAUUUUGUAGCCAAACCUUGAAGCCUAAGUCUCACUGUCUAAUUUUUCCCACCCCCACCCCCCCGAAAGAGGCAUCCCCAGAUGUAAAUGGACAAGGGCUGUCAUCAGGCCUCAUUUGUCCUGCUUCUAACAUUUGUGAAUGGAA